GGAUACUUGGCGGACCGCUCGUCGUUGUCGUUUUGAGACUACUGGAUCGCUCCUUCACCAACGAUUGGUCGAGCCACCAGCAACCAAGACUUCGAAAAUGCAAAACCCCACACCGAGAACGCGCUAUCAGGUGUCAAAAUUAGCGAUACGAUGCCUAUCCUACCGAACAUCUGUUAAACAUCUUAUCUUCAUUACCUAUCUCUGCCCAGGCCACGGCGUCGCUCAAAUGAUGGGAGCACCGAACAUAGAAGAUAUCUCCGUAUUGUCAGAUCGCAUUGAAAAGAGACAGCAUCGCACUACCAGAAUGCCGAUCAUCUUCACGCAACAGCAAAUUUUACUUCCUCCAUUGCGCGUCGGACGCACAAAACGACAUCAGUCCUUUUAAUGAUGGAAGACGUCAAGCAUACCAACCAUGGCAGCAUCGAGCAAGACCUGGGCAUCGGCUCGGCAUACAUCCCAGACCUGAACGACAAGGCAAUGGAAAAGCGUAUCGUCCGCAAAAUUGAUCGAUGGAUUCUCCCGUUCAUUUGCAUAUCGUACCUAAUCAACUUUCUCGACCGAGUCAAUCUGGGAAACGCGCGAACACUCAACAACGAUAUCCCCGCGAACAACAUCGUCAGAGAGCUUUCUCUCACUGGAAACCGCUUCAACAUCGCUGUCGCUGUCUUCUUUGUGCCGUACGUGAUCUUCGAAGCUCCCAGCAACUUCUUCAUGAAGUUUUUCACUCCAUCAGUUUGGAUUGGCCGCAUCAUGAUUAGUUGGGGCAUCAUCACCAUCUGCACGGCGGCUGUUUCGAGUUUCGAAGGCCUUCUGGCUGUCCGGUUCUUCCUGGGUGUCGCCGAAGCUGGGUUCUUCCCGGGUGUUGUCAUGUAUCUGUGCUAUUGGUACAAGCCGUCCGAGCGGGCGACGCGUUUGGCUAUCUUUGCGGGAUCAGUCGCUGUCGCGGGAGCAUUCAGCGGUCUGCUCGCGACUGGUAUAUCAUUCCUCAAUGGGAAAGCUAAUCUUGCGGGUUGGCAGUGGCUGUUCAUCCUCACCGGUAUUCCCGCGGUCCUUUUCGGCACUGUGGUAUGGAUUUGGAUGCCAAACUAUCCUCAAGACGCCAAGUUUCUUACCCCAGAAGAGCGCAUUUUCGCAGUUGCUCGUAUGGGACCCUUUGCUCCGAACAAGGAAGACAAGACUUUCGACGCAAAGGCGGCCAGGAAGACGCUUCUGGAUCCGCUGUUCUGGAUUUACGCAGUCAGCUACUUCUUCAUGGUGAAUAGUUUGAACGCUUUCAGUUACUUCUCGCCAACUAUCGUCUCGAAUCUCGGGUUCAAGGGCUACAUUGCGCAACUACUUACCGUACCACCAAAUGUGUUUGGUCUUAUCAUCAUUCUCACCAACUGUUUACACUCCGACUACUCCAAGGAACGUAUCCGCCAUGCGCUCGCUGGUCUAGCUCUCGUCGGAACGGGCUACCUGAUCCUGGCAUUGGUGACCAACUGGAUCGGUCGCUAUGUUGCCGUGUUCCUGAUCGCGUGUACGAAUUCCGCUGUCAUGCCAUUUCUGGCGCAUCGCACAGCGACGGUGUCUGGUUCCACAGCUACGGCACUAGCCACGGGUGUGACGAUUGCGAUCUCUAACUGUGGAGGUAUCAGUGCGCCGUUCCUGUUCCCGUCGAGGACCGGCCCGAAUUACGUAAUGGGUAACUGGACUGUAUUCGCUAUGCUCUGCACGACUUUUCUGUUGACUAUAUAUCUUGGUUUCAGGCUUGGGACGAGUUCUGAAUAUCGUGACCUUGCCCCUGGUACUGCAGAUCAGCUAGCCAAUAGCGUCAACGUAGAGGGCAAGGCGCCUGACGGCGAAAGAGAUUCACGAGAUUUCUCUGAUUCAUCGGCGCAGGAUGGAAAGGGUGCUGCCAACAACAAGGUUUAGCUUGUGAAGUGAAAGCAUUUGUCACUCGCGCGUAUAGAAACAGCUCGCAAGAACAAACAUUUCGGAAGAAAAGUUGUUGAAUCACUAUCAAGUUACUCAUAUAUGUUAGUUCGCUCAAGCAGCCAAGAUUACCUCCUUUAUGCUGCGGUAGAUUGCUUGGAUGUCAAUUCAUCCACUGUACCACGGAUGUUUGUCACUACUUUCUAGAUUUCAACACCGCUCUCUCCCCAUGCGUCCCUUCAAUUACCGGCUCUGGGACCCGGUAACUGAAAACAGCCUCGAGAGCAAGGUCGCAAUUAUCCCGCCGAUCAAUACUCUGGAAAAAUAGGGAAAAGGGAUGCUGGUCUACUGGAGACGGUAGAUGCCGACUAUCGAAUUACGGAAACUGGAGAACGCCGCAAUUAAGCUUUAGACGAAACGUCAAAAUAACCCAAACCAUACUCUUGCGCAUGAGAAGGAUGCAAGAUGCGUACUGUGGUGUCAGGC